AGUCGCAGCUUACGAAAUUUUGUGGCGAAUUAGACCCCAAGCGCUUUCUUCUCGUGAAAUGUCUCGUGUUGGGUAUAUACUUUAUUUUAUACCACUUGUACAAAUAAUAAACACACUUUCUUGUAUAAUUAACAUUAAAACAAACAAUUAUCAUAAUAUUAUUACGUGUACUUAGCGAUUAACGCGAUAUUUUUAUACGUACGUCUUAAAUGUCCUUUUAUUUAUUUAUUUUUAGUAAUAUGUACAUACAAUAUGCUUUCACAAAAUCACUUUACGUAGAAAUUUCCUUCUUUGUUUUUCGACCGCAUAAACCGAUAUCGAUUAGGUACCGAUCAAUAUUAAAUCGGUAUUUCUGUUUCGUAGUAUCUGCUUGACAUAGAAUCAAAUAAGUUUUAAUAUUCCGAUAACGUUCGUAUGAUAAAUAUUACGUUUCAAUUUUUCUUUCUUUCUCAAUGUUGCAGUAGCACCAAGAUUAAAAUAAAGGCAAGAUCAGACCAGCCAUAUUCCUUGAAGGUGUGCGUUUUACAGUAUCUUGGAAUACUUCUUCACGUUGCUGUAUUUGUCUCGUUUUUAAGGAUUGCUUAUGACUAAACCAAGAAAUUAUUAUUAUAAAAUCGUUACGAUACACGUAUUAGAAGCUUAAUUUUUAAUAAAAUUAAUCCCUUAUCAUACUUUAUCAUAUUUUAAUGGCGAUAUUCUAUUUGAUUCUUAUUUGAUUCUUCGGAGUACAUUCUUAUAAUAGGCACUAACGAAACUUUGCAUACUUUUAUGCUGAAAAAUGUAAUUACAAUCGACCUAGAUGCAGGGUAGUUCGUAUUAAACAUAAACUAAACAGAGUUAUAAGUAAGUACGUACAUACGUACGCAUGUAUAUAUGUAUAUUACACAUGUAAAGACGUAAACAUCGAAUAUGACCCCCAAACAAGAACAAGAUAUUAUAUUUACAAUUUAGCAUCAUAUAUAUCAAACGCAGUUCCAUGUUCUUAGUCUUGCCGUCCGUACAUAAAUAGAGUACAGUGGUGGAUUAAAAUUAAAAUGUACCAUAUUUUGUGAAAAUUCAUCAACCGCAGUGCAACUGCGACGCCAAACAUCACGGAAACAAAUUUAUAUACCAUACGUUUCAAUCCUUUGGUCGAUCGUUCAUAUCGAUUCGCAAUGUCUCAAGAAGAUACAAGCGAAGAUGAGAUAGGAUUGCGGACACCGUCGUUCCUCAGGAAAGGAUCUCGAUGCAGCCGUGGCACGCCAGUAACUCCAUCAUCUAUUACGAGUUCGAUAAUACUCGGUCAAAUCCCAGAAGAGGUACUCCGUGUUUGGAGUCAACUACCAGAAGCAAUACGUUUAGAUCCUAGUUUGGCAGUUUUUCAAAGGGAAUAUGAUCGUGUUCAUCAAGCUAUAGAAGGAAGAUCUUGGGAUGGAGCGAAGAAAGACUGUCUGGUAGUAAAUAUGUCUCUUGGGACACAGCCUGCGUUGCCAUAUAAAGUGCAAAGUAAAAGAGGCGAUGAAGAUGGGAAUAACGAUAUUACAAUUACACAAGGGACCAACGAAACGAAACAAAAGCUUUAUCGUUAUAUCAAGUUAAUCUUAUUAUGUUGCUGUUGGCUAAUAUUCACUCUAAUACUGAUAAUUAAGAGCGAAAGGAUCGAAGCGUUGCACCAAAUUUCAAUACCUAGUGGAGAAAUAAAAAGCUACAAAAUGUUUGGUCAAGUUCCUAGUAAACAUAUCAAUUUAAUGAUAGAAGGGUCGUUACUUCCACCAAUAAAAAUGAAACCGAUAGAAUACACAAAUGUAUCCGAUAGAUAUUUAAUGGUAUGGUUAGAACUACUCGUCGAUCAGGCAAAUAAUACUAAUCAAUUUUUAUUAGGAUCUGAAGAGAUUAAGAAUAUAAGCGAUGUAUGGAUUUUACCAAUACUUCCGGAGAAAUUGAUAGAUAUAUUUCCUGGACAGAGGCAACAAAAAAUUUUUAAUUUAGAAAAUAUCGACGAAAGUACUCUAGAAUACGGCGAGAUAUUAAUUAAAUUGAAAACAAAUCUAGAAUCCAGUUUUGCCAUCUCUAUUAGUUACGAUUUAUCGUCAAUGAACAAAGACGAUGGAAUAGCGUAUGCUGCAGCCGUCUUAUUUGGAUUAUAUAUACUUAUAAUAUUCGAGGUUGUACAUAGAACUUUAGCAGCCAUGUUAGCUUCGACUAUGUCUAUCGCGAUAUUAGCAACCAUAAACGAGAGGCCAACUAUGAAUGAAUUAAUGACUUGGAUAGAUGUCGAUACAUUAUUGUUAUUAUUCUCAAUGAUGAUACUUGUCGGCGUAGUCGCUGAAACAGGUGUAUUCGACUGGUUAGCAGUCUAUGCUUACAAGAUAACUGCAGGAAAACUGUGGCCACUCGUGGGUACGCUAUGUUUCUUUACAACAUUCAUUUCAUCGAUCCUCGACAAUGUUACGACAGUGAUGUUAAUGACACCGGUAACCAUUAGAUUAUGCGAAGUAAUGGAAAUAAAUCCAGUGCCAAUAUUGACAUCGAUGGUGGUUUAUUCUAAUAUCGGGGGUGCUAUGACACCGAUAGGCGACCCGCCCAACGUAAUUAUUACAUCGAAUCGCGAUGUUAUUAAUAACGGUAUCGAUUUUAGUACAUUCACAAUGCACAUGAGCAUCGGUGUUAUAUUGGUAAUACUUGUAGUUUUUGCUCAGCUGCGAUUCAUCUUCCGAGACAUAGCCGUCCUUAAAUUCGCCGAACCACAAGAUGUACAGGAAUUAAGGCAUGAAAUUGCCAUUUGGCAAAGAGCUGCGGCAAGUUUGUCGAGUUACAGUAAAGACGAAAAUUUAGUGAGGGAGACUUUGCUGAAAAAGGUGCAACGAUUACUCUCGCAGUUGAAAAAAAAGCUAAUAACAGGCAGCGUCACCCUUGAAACAUAUAAAACCACGCUCGAAGAACUUCAAGAAAAAUAUCCUAUUCGAGACAAGUGGUUACUAGUGAAAUCUGGAUUUACGUUGAUCUUUGUGAUCACAUUAUUUUUUCUGCACAGUAUUCCAAAUCUGCACUUGUCACUGGGCUGGACCGCUUUAUUAGGUGUUCUUUUGUUAUUAAUAUUAGCUGACAGCGAAGAUUUGGAUGGUCUCAUGGCGCGCGUAGAAUGGAGCACUUUAUUAUUUUUUGCAUCGUUAUUUAUUCUUAUGGAGGCAUUAUCACGUAUGGGCCUAAUUGCUUGGAUAGGAAAACAGACAGAAAAAAUAAUCCUAUCUGUAAAUGAAGAGUCACGAUUAGCGGUAGCUAUAUUACUACUGCUUUGGGUGUCAGCGUUCGCAAGUGCAUUCGUGGACAACGUGCCUCUGUCAACGAUGAUGAUAAGAGUCGUUACUACUUUGGCUCAAAAUAACGAACUGAAACUGCCACUGCAGCCCCUGGUAUGGGCUUUAGCUUUUGGCGCUUGUAUGGGAGGAAAUGGAACUUUGAUUGGAGCUACUGCUAAUGUAGUUUGCGUAGGAGUUGCGGAACAACAUGGAUACAAAUUCUCUUUUAUCCAAUUUUUCAAGGUGGGCUUUCCAAUUAUGCUGACGAGUGCUAUGACAAUAACCAUGUACUUAAUGAUCGCUCACGUCAUUUUCGAUUGGAACGGAUAAUGUAAUUGUUACAACUUAUGUUUGAUAUUCUCGUGCGGCAAAGAUAUCAAAAUUAUUGGAAUCAAAUGAUCCUAUUUAGAUUCUUGCGUAAUAUUUGAUGAAUUAAUGAUAUAUAGCAAUGUAUAAACUAUAUAAAUAAGCAAUUAUUUUAUAAUAAUUUCACUCUAUUUUUCAUUUUAUUUUAAUUCUUUUAGUUAUAAAAGAUAUACGAAUAUUUCGCCUAAUAUUGCCCAAGAUGGAUCUAAUUAUCUAAACAGAUUUUUAUUUUGUUAAGUACACAAAGUAUAAACGUAACUAUAACAUACGUAGCAAUAAAUAUUCCGCGUUGUCCGAUCAACAGUUAAUUAUAUAUUUCAAUGAACCUAAAAACAUUUGUAAACUUCCAUCAGAAAAUGUUUAUUGAUAUUAAUUACGUACACUAAAUUGUAAAAUAAGUUAUGUAAUAUUCAAAGAAACAUUAUUUUCUAUCUAACAACGAUUGCGAUGAAUGCGACGUUUUAACUCAAUCGUUUCAAAUGAUCACAAAUCAAUUAUAUUAUUAAUCACAAUAAAUUAAUCGUCUUACGUUCCCUUCUAUUUCACCGAUCUAUGAACCGUAAAGAAGAAGCUUUUCGC